AUGCUAGAAUCGGCACAUCCUGCUCAUGAGCAGCCUUCAUGGCGUGGCAGCAGCUCAGAAUCACUAGAAGCAAAUAGAGUCGAUGAGCAGCAGCGUAUAGCCAACGAGAAGUCACAUACCAGCCAAGAACUCGACCCAGAUGUGGAAAUCGUGGAUUGGGAUGGACCCAACGACCCGGAAAAUCCGUAUGUUCUACUUACCAUCUCAGACAAGAUAAGGCUAACUCAUAUCUGUAAAGGNUUCAACUGGCCAGUACGAAAGAAAUGGAUCCUCACAUCGGUGGCUCUUUUUGGAACAUUCAUUGCACUUUUGAACGGAACAUCCAUGGCUGUCGCCGCCGAAGCCUACAACCGCGACUUUGGCAUUAGCGAUGCACACUUUCCACACUCAUACUGGCCUAUUGCGAGUUGGGCGAUAGGUGGUGGCGUCUUCAUGAUGGUCCUACUACCCAUCUUCGAGGAUUAUGGAGUCAGAUGGGGCUACCUGAUAUCCUACAUUGUCCUGAUCAUCUUCAUCGUACCUUCGGCAGUGGCCCAAAACUUUGCAACACUGGUGGUUACACGCUUUAUUGCUGGCGGAUGCGUCUCACUACUGGGAAACACCAUUAGCAGUAUCAUCUGCGAUAUCUGGGCUGGUGACCGUGGCAGGACGGUACCCAUGGAACUCUACAUUACCGUCUAUCUAUUUGGCAGUACUAUGGGUCCUGUGGUCGGCGGUGCCAUCUACCAGUUUCUCAGCUGGCGCUGGAUCUUCUACAUCCAGAUCAUCUGGUACUGCGCUUUCAUCCCGCUCUUCUUCUUCACCAUCAAGGAGACUCGUGGCUCGGUUAUCCUCAAGCAGCGCGCCAANAAGAUUCGUGCAGCGACUGGAAAGAAAGCGUAUACGCGCGACGAACUGAACCACAUCCCUGUCUGGCAGAUCGUGAAGACGUCGGUACAAAGACCAGCAUACAUGCUUUGCACCGAGUGGGUAGUGUUUUCACUUACUCUGUGGUCCGCCUUUGCUGUCGGUCUUGUCUACCUCUUUACUCAAAGCAUCGAAGAGGUCUUUACAGGUCUAUACGGCUGGCCAGCCUACAGCACCGGUUACGUCCAGGGCGCCGUUGGCAUUGGAGAACUGCUUGGGUUCUUCGUCUCGUACGCCAACAUCUACUUUUACCAGCGGUCUGCCAAGUCUAACCCCAUUGAUCCUGGUACUCCUGUUCCGGAAGCUAGACUUUACAUGUCUCCUGUGGGAGGCUUCUUUGGCAUGACGGGAGGUAUGUUCAUCUAUGCAUGGACAUCGUACCCGCAUAUCCCUUGGAUUGCUCCCGCGAUUGGACUAGCAAUGGUUGGGUUUGGCAUCAAUAUUGUUUGUGCCUCCAUUGCGCAAUAUCUCAUGGACGCGUACUCCAAGUAUGCUGGCUCGGCAAUUGCAGCGGUGGCAUUUGGCGAGAAUGUGUUUUCUGCCUUUUUACCUCUGGCUGCGCAGAGCAUGUAUACCAAUCUUGGAUAUCAAUGGGCGAGCUCAGUGUUGGCGUUCUUGUCGUUGGCACUGGCUUGUGCGCCUAUCAUUUUGUUGUUGAAGGGGCCGGAGAUCAGAGCGAGGAGUCCGUUCAUUCAGGAGGCGAGGUAUGAGCAUGAUGUCAAGGGUAGUGUUGAAGAAGCUUGA